AUGGCUGCUGUCGACACUCACCGAGCCAACAAGCCGCUCCCCUUGCCUCGAACAACUGCUGGCCGCAAGUCGGUGGCUCGCAAAGCCUACCUUGAGGCUGCUGAAGAUGACGAGAACCAAGUUGCCGGACAUGUCGAGAUCGACGAGGUCGAGCCUGCUGAUGCCUUCACGCUGGUUCCUUACGUAGCCGAGCAGACUCUUCACGCUGUGCAUAGCGCAAUUUUUGGCCAGCCCUGGGCGGACCUCGAGCUUGUGGUCAGUGCCGGCGGUAAGAAGGAGGAGGUGGUCUAUGCCAACUCCAAGGUACUGAAGAAGGCUUGUCCUGCGCUGAUGCGUCAGAUCAGAGUCACGGGACGCGCCGAGCUCGACACGAUGGAGCGCGAGCAGAUUCUCGCUGCUGCCGCCAAUGCAGCUGCUAAGAAGAAACCCGUCGCUGCGCCCAAACGCGCCCUGCGCGCUCAGUCUAGCGGUCGAUCGACAAAGAGCCUUGGUUUGGUCGACUACGGCCGCAGCUCGCGUCUGGAAAACGACCACGGCGACGAGGCUGGCGAGGUCGACGAGCGAUACCCUGGCAAGUACGAUGACGAGACCGAAGACGAAGAGUAUGCCGACUCGCUCGUCGAGCAGCCCAGGCGUUACCACGAUGACGAGCACAGCCAAGCUCAUCAGGACACUGACCAUCUGGAGGAUGAUUACCUCGACGAGCCGUCGCCGCUCGGCUCCAGAAGCAAAGUAGCUGGCGGUGUGGCUCCCGCGCCGCCUCUCGAGAUUUCUGCUCCGCCUACUUUUUCACGAUCGUCGUCGCGCUUGUCCAAGCUGAUCAAGUUUAUGAACAAAGACAAGACUUCGCCCUCGGCCGAGGUAGAUGCUGUCACCCCGUUCAUCCCUGUCGGCAACGCUUCCGGCACCGACUACAACAACGAAGGCACGCUUGGCGGCCGCAGCCGCGUACGCCGUUACAGCGCCGGCAACGAUCUCGCCACAGCUUCGGCCGCACGUAGUCCUUCUGCUGUUAAGGUCCAGGUGACUGGAUGCUCGGCUGCUACGCUCCAAGCUUUGGUCUUCUACCUGUACACGGGCCACGCCACGUUUGCUUCGCGUCUGCCUGUUGUUCGCAACCGGCGUCAGCGCCUCAGCCGGCGCGCCUCAGCUUCGUCGCUGGGCUCUGACCGCGCCAAGUCGGAGGAGGACACGGACAAGGAGGACGACGACUUUGAUGACGAGAUCGUCGAGCUUCCCGCAUUGCGCGUCUGCAAAACGUCGAGCUUUCCGCCCGUAUUCUCCGCCACGGCUGCCUACUGCGUCGGUCGGCAGCUCGGACUAGCUGAUCUGGCCACCAAGGCUUUCGACCACAUCUGCCUAGAGUUGUCGCCAAAGACUGUGUUGGCCGAUCUGCUCAGUCCGUUCGUCGACCGAUUCGAUGAGGUACAGCGUGCGCACCUCGACUACAUUGCCGAGAACUGGGACCGCGUCAAGCGCAGGCCCGACUUUGAGCACACCGUCGGCAGACUCGUCAUGGGCGAGUAUCGCGAAUCCAGAAAAGCACUUCUCAAGCUCUUUGCCAAACUCUCAGUCGCCUAA